AUUGGUUCAUAAAAAUGACCAAUGAAAAUGCAGAGGAGGCGGGUUCAACAUUCGAAAAAAGCGCAUUUUUGAGUGAGCGUCAGUUAGCAGCACUGGAGUGAGAGGAUUACGUGAUUACCGUAUACAUUUUUCAAAAGCCCUCUCUUCAAGGGGAAUUUCUUUUGGAGAAAAAUGAAUGUCUUAAAAAUUAUGAAGUCAGAAGGACUACAUAGAGAAUCCAAAAUUGGACAAAUUGGUCCUUAUCCACUUUAUGUGAAAAGUUUUGAAUCACUAAUAGACAACAACAAAGUGUCUGAUGAGGUCAUGGAUGCCUUGUUUCACCUGUUCAGCAUGAGGCAACCUGAUGUUCUGGCUAUUAAUACCCACACCCUGACUGAUAUUCUGGAAGGGAAACCAAGAGCAAGGAGCCGUUACUUUACCAAGAGGAACAUCUUUGAAAACAUAAAGGAGAUCAUCGGUCCCUAUCUGGAGUGUGGGAAUCACUGGACCUUUUUUCACUGCAGUAUUGUUGAUCAUACUAUUACUUACUUAAAUUCACUGGGGGAAGAAGAUGAACAGUACUACAAAUUAGCAGAAAAUUGGAGCAUAUUUGCUGCAUCAAAAGGCUACCGGGGACCGUGGAAAAGAACAAAGAGGAACCAUACCCUUCAGAAUGACACUAUUUCAUGUGGCGUUUUUACAGCAGUGUUUGCUGAGGCUUUUUUAGGUGACACAAGGGGCUAUCUUGCAUGCUCGCCUGUACUGCAGGAGAGAGAACGACUGGGGAUAUUUCUAUUCAGUUCACUUGAUAGGUCUGGUAUUUGUGGUAUUUGUCACAGGAUGGCAUCUAGAAAGAUCCAGGAAAAAUGUUCAACUUGUUCAGUACGUAUUCAUACAAAAUGUCUACCUGGAAAUCAAGAGGAUGCCAGGUGCAUUUUUUGCAAAGACAGCGCAGGAGAAAUUAUCCCAAACAGAACCAGAAUCGAAGGGCAAGACAGCUCAGGACAAAGCAACCCAAAGAACACAAGACCGGAGGAACAACAUAGCUUAGGAGAAAGCAACACAAACUCUAGACAUGAGGGACAAGACAGCUCAGGAGUAAGUAACCCCAACACCAAAAAUGAGGGACAAGACACCACAGGAGAACGUAACUCAAACACCAGAAAUGAGGGACAAGACAGCACAGGAGAAAGUAACUCAAACACCAGAAAUGAGGGACAAGACAGCACAGGAGAAAGUAACCCCAACACCAGAAAUGAGGGACAAGACAGCACAGGAGAAAGUAACCCCAACACCAGAAAUGAUGGACAAGACAGCACAGGAGAAAGUAACCCCAACACCAGAAAUGAUGGACAAGACAGCACGGGAGAAAGUAACCCCAACACCAGAAAUGAGAGACAAGACACCACAGGAGAAAGUAACCCCAACACCAGAAAUGAGGGACAAGACAGCACAGAAGAAAGUAACCCCAACACCAGAAAUGAGGGACAACACAGCACAGGAGAAAGUUUUCCCAACACCACUGGACUUGAGGAACAAGACAGCAUAAGACAGAGUGCAGGAGUUGAGGGAAAAAAUAGCACAGGGCAAAUCCAAGAUAAGACAGGGGGAUUUCUGGUGGAAAGUGUUUUGAAGGUUUCGGACUUUAACCAAGCAAAAAGAUACCUGGUUACAUCAGAAGAACUGCAAAGGAGAUGCUCCCUACCAGAAUGCUACUCCGCAAACACAGUAGUGGCCUACCUACGGAAGGCCAAGGGCCAAAAACAGAAAAUUACAGAGAAGUUGGUGGAGUUGGAGGUGACGCCCUCAAAGCGCACAAAGUUAACUUCACAGUGCUCAAAACUUUGUGAAGAUGAAUGCAGCGAUCUGGCUGGUGAUUUAACAUACUUGGCAGCAAAAUUCAUUCCCCAGAAAAAGGUGGCUCAAGCCUUGUUGGAAGAGGGGAAUUUACAUACAGCCAUGGCCAAAACAGAAGAAUGCAGGAAGACAUUGAAAGCUGUACAGAAUGCUUUAGAGUCUAAUUGGGAAACAUAUGAUCUGGCAACACAUGGUCUUGGGCCUGCUGUUAUAAAAGGGACCUUUUCAUUAAUUGAUUCAUGCCUUAAAGAGAAAAUGAGAGCACUAAAAUCAAAAGACUCAACAGAUAAGUAAGGCUUUUUUGCACUUUAUUGUUGAAUUGUUCAAAUGCUUAAAUGUUAAUGUACACAAUCCAGAAGUAUAAUAAAAAUACAAA